AUGUCUUCCAUAUCUGCAUUACAGUCGCGCCUAAAGGAGCUCUCUACAGCUCUGGCACAGAUACAUCCACUUGUUGAACGAUUACGCAAUUUUACGACGGCGAUUGGCCAAGGCGACCAAGCCCGCCUCGAACUGGGGCAGGAAAUACAUGGCUUGCUGAAAGAGGCCGAGGAGGAGAUGGAACUAUUGAGGGUCGAGGUCGAGGCUCUUGAGACAAGCAUAGAAGGUAGACGGAAAGGCGUGGACAAUGAGAAAGAGCUGGAAAGAGAGCGGGUCGUUGCGUUGGCGGGACGGUUGGGGGACGAACUCAAAAAGACGAGAGGGGAGUUCCGCAACGCCCAAUUACAAGCAAAGCGCAAUGCAGAAGCGGCGAAGCGAAAGGAGAGAGAGCUGUUGUUUUCGAGGUCGCAGAGUGCUGAGCGCCGGAAGGAAUCGUCCGACAAGCUGACGCAGGAUGAUAUUGUCAUGAAUGCCUCGAGCGAUGUUACCGCAGCGUUGCGCAGGACGCAUCAGCUGAUGCAGGCAGAACUCUCCCGCAGCCAAUUUGCACACCAGACUCUAGAACAAUCAACAGCUGCCCUGUCCUCCUUAUCGGAAUCGUAUACCGACCUCGACUCUCUUCUCUCAUCAUCCCGCAACCUCAUCGGCUCACUCCUGCGCUCUCAAAAGUCCGAUACAUGGUACCUUGAGACAGCAUUCUACAUUCUUGUCGGUACUAUUGCCUGGCUGCUAUUUCGCCGUGUGCUAUAUGGACCGCUCUGGUGGCUAGUGUGGCUACCGCUCAAACUGAUGAUGAGAUUUGCAUUUGCACUACUUGGAGCAGUCGGAAUCUCUAGUACAGCCGUUCAGUCUUCCUCUUCGGUUGUGCUCAGCCAAACGAUACCCCAAGAAACUCCAAUGUCGACACAUGUGUCGACAGCUAUUAUACCGAAUUCUUCCGAGAGUGCGACCUGGGACCAGAAUCCGGUCUCCGAAGAGCAACCAGAUAGUGAUCGCAUGAUUGAUCAAAUUGGUGACAUGGUGGAGGACAACAACAAGCAAGAAGAAACAAACGUCGACGAUGUGUCACCAGAGGAGAGGCAGCGUCAAGAGGAGAUCCCUCGAAAUCCAAAGAAGCGGAUGUAUGAAGCUACGGAAGUGGAGGAGAAUCGGAAAGACGAACUAUAG